CUGUUCGGCGGGUUCGGCAGGUAAUGAAGUCAUCUGUUGACAGGUAGUUUUCGAUUGACCAUUGUUCGGGUUUGGAGAGUGUUUUCGGGAGCAGAAAGGGGAGGAGGGCAAGCAGCGAACAAUUCCGUCGUUUUGUAUUUUUGUUUUCGUUCAGCUUCACGCAUACAGACACACAUAGUGCCACACCACCGGACGUGCGCGGCUUCGUGUUUCGCCGUUUUCGCCGUUUUCUUUUUCCCAGUCCAGUACGCGCUCGAAGGAGGUGUAAAGGCGGAGAAAAGUUGGGUGCCACCCGGGAGGAAAUUGCGUUACCAUUAUUAGGCACUAGCAGCAGCAGCAGCAACAGCGCCAGCGUACUUUCGAAACGUGCCAAACGCUUUCCGUUUCGCGUAAUUCUUCGCUGCGUUCGACGCGGAGGAGCGAGGUGUUCGUGGGGGCCAGUGUGGAAAAUCGAUAGUCUCAGCACAUUGGCUGGCCUACGGUUCAGUGCGUUCGAGAUUGGGUUGGAGGAAGCCCGCACAGUAACACACCACCGCAGCGACCGUUCACGUGUCUGCUGUGUACGCCUGUCCUCCGUGUGAUCGUUCGAUCGCACCACCGCUAGCCAUCGCCAUGUCGCAGAUGGGCCGCGCCGUCAAGAACCUGGAACCGCCACGUCCGCUCAAGUCCACGCUGAAGCAGCAGCAGCACGUCCAUCUGCCCGUCUAUGAAGUUCAAUCAAUCGAAGAGCUCAUCACGCUGACGGAAAAUGUGGCCGCCAGCCUUGCCAGCGGCUGCAACAACGCGGACGGCGUGAACGCCCUGCUGGCCAACCUGCGGCUGCACGGGCCGCAGCUGGAGAACGUGUCGAAGGACACGCUCGACCGGGCGCUGGUCAUCUUCCGGAACGCAUCGCAGGACGAACGGCUGAACAUAAUGACGCGAUUGAAUCUGCUACAACUGAUCGAGCUGCGCGCCAAAUCCUGGCAGGUAUCCGAUGGUGCAAACACCUACUACAAACACAAGGCUACAAAUGUGGAGCCUGACAUUUUGGCCGACCCGAACCUGCUGGGAUCCUCCCCGCCCAUGGGCCAGGCUGUUCCCGCGCUGGCGCCGGGCGAGCUGAUACGGACCUCUGGGAAGUUCCCGAAGCCGACGAAGAUACCCGGCAAAACGUACUGCAAGGACGAGAUUGUGAUUCGCAAUGCCGACUCGGGAAAAGUAAUGGGAAUCAAGGGACGUAGAGUGCAUAUGAUAGAAGAACUGUCGGAAACGGUUAUUUCGUUCCAAAGAGUCGCUACCGGGGCUAAAGAACGACUGGUGCAAAUUACCGGUCCAAAUGAGGAAAAAAUCAACUAUGCAAAGCAGUUGAUCGAAGACACCAUUCGUCGUAACGCGUCCCCGGUACGUUUGGACAAUUCCCAGGACGGAUCCUGCAGUUCUCUGGCGUCAUCCGGCUCGGAUGAAACGGUCCCGAGAAAGGAGUCGGCAGGAUCCGGCGCAGCGAACGCGCGCAAUUCCCUCUCCGGGGCCAUGGUGGCAGAGAUGGUAGCGAACAGUGGCGCGAACGGUGUGGGCGCUUUCCUGGCCAACCAGCAGCAGCAGCAGCAGUCGGCCUCGGGCCCGGGUGGUGCCCUAAGUCUGAAUCUCAGCGGCUACUCGCAAACGCCGCCAUCGUCCUACACGCACCCGAAGCUAACACGCAACGGGUCGCAAAACAGUGGCCAGCGCAAUAGCGCCGCGGGCAACGGAGCCGGCCUGCUGCUGCACAGCUUCUCCACCAACGAUGCGUCGCUCGGCGAGUACAAGUACACGGUGAACGUGGGUCAACACAAUCUGAAGAUUACUGGCGACUGUUUGGAGCUUGUCAAGGUCGCCAAGCUAGUGCUGGACGAUUACUUCAGCAGCAACGAAUUUCUGGCCUCGGUAGACAUGUGCUCCAGCUUCGAUCUACCGAACACGCUUUCCUCGCCGGUGGGAGCGAUGCCCGGUCAGCAUCCGCUCAUCACCGGCACCCCGUUCGUGGACAGUGGCGUCGGGCUGAACACGAUCGGUGCCACCGUCGGCAGCGAGCUGAUGGGCGGCGGCGUCGGCAACAGUCUCGAGAUCGACGAUGACGUGUUCAUCGUCGAGGCGGGCUCCUCGGCGGCCGCCGGCUUUAAGCCGAACGAACUGCAAACCAGCGGCAGCGGCAGUGCCCUCGCAGCUGGCAACAAUGGGCUGAGCCGUUCUCGUCGGAGCCAUUUCUCGCGCAAGGAUAGUGCGGGCGAUGGGCUGAAGGAGGCGGCAGCGGCCACCGUCAAAUCGGAUUCGAACCCGGUGAAACGAAUCGAAUAUGAGCGGCUGAUUUACUACUCAAAGUCACCGUACUCGUGGGAUCUGCCCGCCGACUGGAAGCGUAUAUGUGAAACUCUUCCUUAUUUGGUCAAAAAUAAGGAUAUCGAAGAUCAGAAAAACCGUUUUAACGGUGAGCAGUUUCUCGAGAUGAAGAAACAGGCAGCGAAAGAGUCGGGCAGCAGUAGUCUGGUGGGUCAGGGCGGUGGUACCCCCCUCAGCAGUCUGCCGGACGGAGGAGGAGUCGAUGGCGAACAACCACCAGCGAAGGACAGCACGGAAGGAGCUGCCGCCGACGAUAAUAAUAAUAAUAAUGGUGCAUCAUCGGGCAUCGUCAGUGCUGCAGCACAGAUGGAAAAGAUCGGUGCAUGAGACACACACACACACAGGCACGAGUCGUGUGACCUUUAACCUUCCGACUUGGGGGUGCUUCUUAAAAUCCCCCCUACAUCCGCCUGUUGCUGAUAAGCACAAACGAAUCGAACGCGGUUUUUUGGUUUGAAAACUUCGAAAUUUAAAACGAACUCCUAACAUAAGUGUUGUGUACGUGUGUGUGUUGUCCUAAUGCUCGCGGCAUUAAUACUGUUUCCCACGGUUCGCACUACACUUUCAUUUUGGUUUUUACAUCCUAUCCAAACACAAUAUCAUUUAGCUGGUAAGAGAACACACUGCUAAGAGCGCAUUAACACUAACCCCCGCUAUUAACGCUAAUGAGAUUAACCUUUUUGUUUUUAUUCGUAAUGUUUAUCUGAACUACUAUUUUCGCUGUUAGGAUCGAUUGCUUGUUCGAUCCUAUCCGGAAAAGGGAACUUGUGAGAGAGGGAAGAUUUUGUUUUGUCGAUGGCACCCAAAGCAUUACUGCGCUUACAUGCAACUUUGAAGAAGCUGAAUAUAGAAACAACUGUAAAAGAGCAGUUGCAGCUAAGAAAAGCUAUCCAGGAAUGCAGCUUCGUGUUAAUACACAGAGCCUUUUUUCCUACAUCGGUCCUCCACCGAUGAGAGUUUGCGUGUUUUGUGUACUUUUCCUGUAACACGUGGCGAACCAGUAACCAGACAGCUCGUAAAAUAGUGAUAUUUUGAAGAAUGUGGUUUUAUAUGCCAAAUAAUACUAUGUAAUAAUAUUAUUAUUAAUAUAACAAGAAAUAGAGGUGGGAUAACAACAUAUGCAACCAUCGUUGUGCAACACAGAACAACAUACGAUAGAGAGAGAGAGAGAGGGAGCGGGGGGCAUCAGCAAAAACCGGUGAUAAAAAUCGCAGAUAUGUGAGCGAACUCACACAAGCAACACUCACUCAUUAUUAAUAUUUACUCAUUAUUAUUUUUAAUCCUUCAGCAGCAAAGGAACUUGUGAACACCUUCUUCUCACCUUUUCCUUCUCUGCUUUCAGUUGCUGUUGGAUUGAUCGUGUUUAGCGAAAAAAAAAACAAACAAGUUAACACAACUCAUAACAACAGA